GACAUGGCUAUAAAUGUUGGGGAUGAGCCCUUCGACUCGCACAGAGAGUUCUUCCAACGCUCAAGACAAACCGAAGGGAUCCUGAACACCAUGACAAGUGAGCGUCUCCUGAUUUUGACAGUUACCUGCUACUUUUUAAUUUGGUUUGUUACGUGCGAUGACUUUGUAGAGAUCCGCUCCACUGAAGAUGACAUCAAGGCGCAGGAGGAGAAAGAGUUGAUUGAAGCUCUUCAAGAAGUCCUUGAAAAACUGAGGAACAAACAAAAUCCAUCCACUGAGAAGAGGUUAGGCUGGAUUCCUUCAUGUGAUGCCGGAGAACACUGUGCCGUACGUAAAGGGGCGCGCAUUGGGAAAGUGUGCAGCUGUCCUGGAGGAACCGUGUGCAGUUUCUCCAUCCUAAAAUGUUUGUGAGAGUAUCGUUUUUGCCCUUCUCUACAAUUGUCAACUCAUAUUGGAUAACUGUAGAUA